AGGGUUAUUAGAACCCACCUUCUCAGGCAGGCCCAAGGGUAAUGUCCUCAGAUGAAUAAUGUGAUUGGCCCAAACACAACACAUCUAAGCUGAAAAUACAAUGUGUUGGCUGAAAAAAAUUCAAGGCAAAUGAUGCCAGUUAAGAAGCUGUUAUGAAGCUGUUAAUGCAAUAUUCAUAGUAUAUGCAAAGAUGACAUGGGGGACAGACUGUCUUGCUUAAAGAAAAACAAAAUCCUGGUCAGUUUACAGUACUCAUGUAAAAGUUCAAAGAAUGAGUCUAUUUGAUGAUUGUACACUGACUUUUAUAAGUUUAUAAUUUUGACUUCUGAUCUCCAGGAAUAGGCUUCGGAAAUGUACUGCUCCUUUUGUAUUGCAUUAUCUACUACAUUAUCGUCAUGGCCUGGACAUUCUUCUAUCUUUUUACCUCUUUUAGUACUGAGUUACCAUGGGCUAACUGCAGCAAUGCCUGGAAUACUGAAACCUGUUUUGAAUUUGAUAAAAAGGACAAUUUUAGCUACUCUAGUAUACCAGAGAAUGCAACUUCACCUGCUAGAGAGUUCUGGGAGAGGAGAGUGCUAAAUCUAACUAGCAGUGUACAUGAGCUGGGCAGUGUUAGGUGGGAGCUGGCUGCGUGUCUCCUCUUGUCUUGGAUCAUCUGCUACUUUUCAGUGUGGAAGGGAGUGAAGUCUACAGGGAAGGUGGUCUAUUUCACUGCAACUUUUCCUUAUGUGAUGUUGGCGGUGCUGUUAGUGCGUGGACUCACGUUGCCUGGGGCCAUUGAUGGCAUAAGAUUUUACCUCUACCCAGAUCCUGCAAAACUCAAAAACCCACAGGUGUGGAUAGAUGCUGGAACGCAGAUUUUUAUGUCUUCUAGUCUUUGCAUGGGCUCCCUCACUGCUCUAGGAAGCUACAACAAGUAUAACAACAACUGCUACAAGGAUUGUAUUUAUCUGUGCCUUUUGAAUAGUGUGACCAGUUUUGUGGCUGGCUUUGCCAUCUUCUCUGUGCUAGGCUUCAUGUCCUAUGAGCAGAAGGCAGACAUUUCAACAGUGGCAGAGUCAGGUCCAGGGUUGGCCUUCAUUGCAUACCCUAAGGCAGUAUCGCUGAUGCCUGCUCCACAACUGUGGGCCAUUUGUUUCUUUAUUAUGAUUAUUUUGCUAGGACUGGACACCAUUUUUGUGUGUUUGGAGGCACUGAUGACUGCUGUAACUGACAUGUACCCCUCAUUCUUCCUCUUUGGUCAUCGCCGCAAAGGUUUCCUGCUCAUCAUUUGUGUGGGGUGUUUUCUGUGUGGCCUUGUUAUGGUAACAGAGGGUGGCUUGUAUAUUUUCCAGCUAUUUGAUUACUAUUGCUAUAGUGGGAUAACACUUCUUUUAUUCGCCAUUCUGCAGACAGUGUGUAUAGGAUGGGUUUAUGGGGCUAAUCGCCUGUAUGAUAACAUUGAGGACAUGAUUGGUUAUCGACCAUUGUUCUUAAUAAAAUACAGUUGGAAGUACAUCACUCCUCUUGUCUGCACUGGUACAUUUGUCUUCUCUCUGGUGAAAUUCACUCCUCUGAAGUUUAACAAUAUAAUUGAAUACCCCUGGUGGGGCUAUGCUAUUGGCUGGUACUUCACGCUCUCUUCAACUCUACUAAUUCCUCUGUGGAUGAUCUAUGCUCUCCUCAGGUCCAGUGGCUCAUUUAAGCAGAGAUUACAUAUUCUCUGCACCCCAGAAAACCACCCCUGAACUCAAGCAGAAAUAAAAAUUGUACAUCACCUCCAGAACAUGAUAUUUAUAUGCUGUAAUACUGUAACCCAGAAUAUUAGAGUGUUCAGUUACUAGUUUACUACAAGACCAGGUGCACCCCCUGGCUGUCAUCUGAAGAACUCUAGCAAUUAAAAUUUCAGCUUUCUUUUAUAUUUAAAUAUAGACUU